AUGAGUUUUCUUGGAGGCUUUUUUUGGUCCUAUUUGUGAGAUCAAUGUUGCCCUUAAUGAUGGGGAAAGCAGGAAAAUGGCGGAAAUGAAAACUGAAGAUGGCAAAGUAGAAAAACACUUUCUCUUCUAUGAUGGAGAAUCUGUUUCAGGAAAGGUAAACCUAGCCUUUAAGCAGCCUGGAAAGAGGCUAGAGCAUCAAGGAAUUAGAAUUGAAUGUGUAGGUCAAAUUGAACUUUUCAAUGACAAGAGUAAUACUCAUGAAUUUGUAAACCUAGUGAAAGAACUAGCCUUACCCAGAGAGCUGACUCAGAGCAGAAGUUACGAUUUUGAACCAAUGCAAGUUGAAAAGCCAUAUGAGUCAUACAUCGGUGCCAAUGUCCGUCUGAGGUAUUUUCUUAAGGUGACAAUUGUGAGAAGGCUGACAGAGUUAGUGAAAGGCAAUCUUAUUGUUCACCAGCUUGCUACCUAUCCUAAUGUCAACAAUUCUAUUAAAAUGAAAGUGGGCAUUGAAGAUUGUCUGCACAUAGAGUUUGAAUAUAAUAAGUCAAAGUAUCAUUUAAAGGAUGUGGUUGUUGGAAAAAUUUACUUCUUAUUAGUAAGAAUAAAAGCACAACACAUGGAGUUACAACUGAUCAAGGAAGAAAUCACAGGAAUUGGACCUAGCACCACAAUGGAAACAGAAACAAUUCCUAAAUAUGAAAUGAUGGAUGGUGCCCCAGUAAAAGGAGCAUCUAUUCCGAUAAGACUGUUCCUAGCAGAGUAUGACCCAACCCCAACAAUGAGAGAUGUGAACAAGAAGUUUUCAGUAAGGUACUUUUUGAGCCUCGUGCUUGUUGAUGAGGAAGGCAGAAGGUACCUCAAGCAGCAGGAGAUCACCCUCUGGAGAAAAACACCUGAACAACUGAGAAAACAGAGGACGAACUUUCACCAGCAAUUUGAAUCUCCGGAAUCACAGGCAUCCGCAGAGCAGCCCGAGAUGUAA